UAGCGAGUUUAUUUUUCAUUAAAUUUAUAAAUUAAAAAAACGUGAGAUUAACGUUUUUAAGUUGUGAUAAAAGUAACAGCAUGUCCUUUUUUGGCGGCAAUACAUCGUUGGGCGCAACAAGCACGCCGGCUAAACCUGGCGGUCUCUUUGGCUCAGCAUUUGCAGCACCAACAAGCGUGGCAGCGCCUGCCUUUGGGAGUACUAUGGGUGCGCCUGCGUUUGGGGCUACAACAAGCGCAUUUGGGGUAGCGCCAACAGCAGCAACGACAGGAACACUAGGUGGCGGUGCGUUUGGUGGUUUUGGCGCAUCGACGCAGCCUGCACCUCAAAACAACAUGUUUGGCAGCGCAGUGAGUACAGCGCCGCCUGCGUUUAGCGGAUUUGGACAGCUGUCGACGACAAGUAAUGCGCCAGCUACUGGCUUUGCAGGCUUUGGCGCACCAACAACUUCAGCGCCUGCCUUUGGUGGCUUUGGCACAAGUCAAGCGACGCCUUUUGGCGGCGGCUUUGGUUCAACGUUUGGCAAACCAGCAACGACCACUGUAACACCUGGAUUUGGUGGCUUUGGUGGCACGAAUUUUAUGUUGGGACAGCCACAACAGCAGCCGGCGCCUAUUUCAGCAGAUGAAGCAUUUGCCCAGAGCAUCUUAAAUGUUUCUAUAUUUGGCGAUGAGCGCGACAACAUUGUGGCCAAGUGGAACUAUUUGCAGGCCAUGUGGGGCACGGGCAAGCUAUUUUACUCGCAGAGCGCUGCGCCUGUGGACAUAACGCAGGAGAACUAUUUAUGUCGCUUCAAAGCCAUUGGCUAUAGCCGUAUGCCUGGCAAGGAUAACAAACUGGGGCUUGUGGCAUUGAAUGUUGAUCGUGAACUGUCUGUGAUUAAACCACAGCAACAACAGAUUAUACAAACUCUGCACACUUUAAUGGGCAGCAAGCCCAACAUAUUGGUGCAUAUUGAUGCAAUUAAAGAGAUGGAGAAUAAAAAGUGUCAGGUGAUCAUCUUUGUGGAAGAGAAACUGCAGCUGCCACAUGCACCUAAUGAUAGCAAACGCAUAUUGGCCACAGAGCUGGCGGCCUAUCUAAGCCAAAUGAAUAUAAGGCCUCAACUUAACAAUCUGGGUGUAACGGAAAUCUUGGCUUUAACGCUGCCCGAUAAAGACCAGCUAAAAGAGUAUCUGGAGAAUCCACCCAAAAGUGUAGAUCCACGCAUGUGGCGACAGGCAAAUUUGGACAAUCCGGAUGCCAAUCAAUUUAUACCUGUGCCCAUAAUCGGUUUCAGUGAUUUAAAAUGGCGUGUUAAGUGCCAGGAGCAGGAGACAGAAACCCAUGCGCUGUACAUGAAAAAAGUAGAGAGUGAGCUGGCAGAGCUGCGACAACGACAUGCCUCAGCCACAGCCAAGAUAUUGGAGCAUAAACGUAAACUAGCAGAGAUGAGUCAUCGUAUACUGAGGAUUGCAGUGAAGCAGGAGUGCACACGCAAAGUCGGCACUACUCUAACCCCCGAGGAGGAGGCGCUGCGCACUAGACUGCAGAAUAUGCAGGCAGUUGUCUCAGCACCCACACAGUUCAAGGGUCGUUUAAGCGAGCUGCUCUCACAGAUACGCAUGCAACGCAACCAGUUUGCCGGCAAUGGCAUUGCGGAGUAUGUUAUAGACAAGGACGCCGAAGAUGAGAUGAAAAAUGUGCUGAGCAUGCAACAGCGUGCGAUGGAAGUGCUUAGCGAAACGGUUAAAAAGGAUAUGGAAGCGAUGGAUAUUAUUUUAAAAGGCUUGCCCGAGUUACAACAGUUAUAAAAGCCAAAAAUUUGAUUACAGUUGUUUGUACCACAAUAUAU